CCCUUGCAUCAGCCUAGAUCCACCUCAGAGUAACUCCACCAUCGAUAGCCACACGGGUGAAGUGCAAACAUACCAUCGCACGGAGCAAUCCGUCGACAGUAUAGACGGAGCAAAUCUCUUGAGCAACUUCACCGUCAAUAACAAUGGGACAGAGCAACUUC